AUGAAAUUCAUUCAAUUUUCGCGUUUUCCACGUUUUUACGAGCUCCUCUGCCCAGAGCUCAACCAACGCCAACCGCUCACCCAAUACAAGUGCAAACUUCAAGAAUUAUUCGAACCGAAAGACGAGACCUGGUUUUACAAUACCUUCGCAAAAGCCCGAUCAGGUGCGGACCGGAUUCAGAACUACCACCCUCCGGCUGGAGAUCUCUUCGAACGCCUUCCAAACGAAAUCAUUGACGAAAUAUUCGAUUAUGUGCUGCUUCACAAGGAUGACAGCCUCAACCUUGACAAACGCAAGGAUGAGGAACUUCACGACAAGGUUGAACAUGACGCCCUGGGCGACCUAGAUUCCUUGGGCCUUUCCUCUGCACGCCUAUGGCCACUGCUCCUGGAGCGCAUCCAUCGGAACUACCAGACCAACUGGUCAGGCAAGAAGGUUGGCUUCCACGACUACAACCUUGCCUUCACUGCUGACGACCUAAAGUCGAUGAAGUACGAGAUAGAGAUUCCACCAGAUGAUCUGGAGAAGAUCGAGCGAGAUCUCCGGCGGACGAAUUUGCGUUCCACAGAGACAGAGUGGGUACUACGCAACCUAACGACCAGGCAAUGCGUACGUUCGGAUCGAUUGCAAGAGCCGGCCUCCGCAGAGCCAGAGUGGCCUCCCCUGCCCAAGUCUCAGGAAAAGCUGAUGACCAGAAUGCGGCGACAGCGCAAGGCCCUGAUACAACGAAUGAAGAAUGAGGCAAAGGAAGACUAUGUCUCACCUUGGCCCUUUGACCUGGCGAAUCUGCCACUUACUCUGGCCAACAUCUUCCUGGUUCUGACCUGUGACAGUGCAGAAGUAUUACCAUCAUACAUUCCUAAAGAUGACCCCGAAAAAUAUCUGCACUUCCACGAUGCCCCCUGGUGCGGUUGCGCAUUCGAACUCAUGCCGCUGGACGAUCACUUGGAUGCUCAAGAACGAGGCUUGGACCCAACAGCUCCAACAAAUGAGACGUGGAUGGAUGUCAGUAGAGAAGUGGUCGCCGAUAUGGCGAACUUGCGCUUCUGCAUCCAGAAAAAUAUCGCUAUCUCUGAAGAAGAGAUCAAAAGGAAUCUCGAUACUGCAGAGAGACGAGGUGAACAACCAGCAUGGCAUGCGUUUUGGGUCAACUUCUACGCCAGCGUUGGAGAGACAAGAAGGCAGCAUCGGUAG